AUGACAAUUUGGAGGGAAGUCGAGAGUGGCAAAGUUGUGGAGCUGCCAGCAUUGAAGAAGCUUUAUCGAGUGGUUAUGGAGCUCGGGAGUGGAGGGCAAGGCACGGUUCACCUGGUCAUGGGGAGCAAGCUCUUAGCUGCAAAGUCACUACCAGAGGCGGCGCAGAGGGAGCUCCGGGUCAUGCUCAAGCUAGCCGGCUGCCAAGGGACAAUACAGCUCUACGACGUGGUGCUUGAGGAGGAUCGCAAGUUCAAAGGUGGCCGAUGGUGGGGAACCCUAAUUUUGGAGCUAGGCUCAUGCACGCUGAGCGAGAGGCUUCAUAAAGCUGGCGGGAAGAUGGAGGAGCAAGAGGCAGCGUUUGUGGUCAAGAGCCUGGCUGAGGCACUAGAACGGGUGCACUCGCUCGGAGUGGUGCACAGGGACGUGAAGCUGGACAACGUUUUGCUCACCAGGCUGUUGCCACCUUAUGAGGUGAAGCUGGCUGACUUUGGGCUCGCCACAGACGUGGCUGAGGACAUGCACGAGAACUGUGGCACCAAUGGAUAUAUAUCCCCGGAUGUGCUCAGGGCUGGCAAGGAUGGCUGGCCGUUUUACUACACCAAAGCUGUGGACUUGUGGGGGCUAGGGUUGAUUGCGUACGAGCUUGUCACUGGGUGGGGGGUGUUCUCUAAUGUUUUUGAUGUGGAAUGCUUUCUCAAAAGUGCUGGGGAUGCAGAGGUGGAACGGGCAUUGAAGUGGGGCGGGGGUGUGUCCAAAGAGGCGAGGGAGCUCAUCUUGGGAAUGUUGAAGGUCAAUCCAGAGCAAAGGCUAACGGUGGAGGAGGUAAUCCGUCACCCGUGGGUCGUGGAGAAUACUGACAGAACUGGUCCAGUUGAAAAGAAGCAAAGAACUUUGUAA